CGAGCGCACGGGCUUCGUCAGAAGGUGGAAAGCUCAGUGGGAGAAAGCUGCCGUCUCCUUCCCGGCCACACCACUCGCCUCCCCACCCUCGCGUGCCCCUCUUCCCUCUCCCUCUCCGCUCCCUCCCUCCCUGCCUCCCUCCCUCGGUACCACACCUCCUCUCUACUCCCGAGCAGAGCAAGCUGCCCGAGCCCAUACUCGCGGCCGCUCCACUCCCCAGCCCCCUGCGGAUGCGCGGAGAGGUUGGAGGCAGGGUACCCGGAGCCCACAAACUCUCCAACCAGAGCCUGCGCCCUGCGCUUCUGCUAAACUGACCCGAGAAGGGAAAGGGAAGAAACAUCCAACAACCCCCACCCCUUCCUUCCAUCCGUUCCCACACCCACUCCAAUAGUCAAGCCCCCACCCAACUAGCAGGAUUGUGAUUUUUUUGGGGGGGACUGGGACAGAGGACAGACACAUUGCAGCUGAACCUUAUCGCCUGCUCCUGGACCCAUCCCCUCGGCCACCCAGAAUGAAGAAGAUGAGCAACAUAUAUGAAUCAGCCGCCAAUACACUGGGAAUCUUUAGCAGUCCCUGCCUGACCAAAGUUGAGCUGCGGGUAGCGUGCAAGGGGAUUUCUGACAGAGAUGCCCUUUCAAAGCCAGACCCCUGUGUCAUUCUCAAAAUGCAGUCCCACGGGCAGUGGUUUGAGGUGGACCGAACAGAAGUGAUUCGAACCUGCAUCAACCCUGUUUACUCUAAGUUGUUUACCGUGGACUUUUACUUUGAAGAAGUACAGAGGCUUCGGUUUGAAGUCCAUGACAUCAGCAGCAAUCACAAUGGACUGAAGGAAGCAGACUUUCUUGGUGGCAUGGAGUGUACUCUUGGACAGAUCGUUUCACAGAGGAAGCUGUCCAAAUCCUUACUGAAGCAUGGAAACACUGCAGGAAAGUCUUCCAUAACGGUGAUUGCUGAGGAGUUGUCGGGUAAUGAUGACUAUGUCGAACUGGCAUUCAAUGCACGGAAAUUGGAUGACAAGGAUUUCUUCAGCAAGUCUGAUCCAUUUCUGGAGAUCUUCCGCAUGAAUGAUGACGCUACUCAACAGCUUGUACAUAGGACUGAGGUUGUGAUGAAUAACUUAAGCCCAGCUUGGAAGUCGUUCAAAGUCUCUGUAAAUUCUCUGUGCAGUGGAGACCAGGACCGUCGACUGAAGUGCAUCGUCUGGGACUGGGACUCCAACGGCAAGCAUGAUUUCAUUGGAGAAUUUACCUCGACGUUCAAGGAGAUGAGAGGAGCGAUGGAAGGAAAACAGGUACAGUGGGAGUGCAUCAAUCCAAAGUACAAAGCCAAGAAGAAGAAUUACAAGAACUCGGGCAUGGUUAUUCUGAACCAGUGCAAGAUUCACAAGAUGCAUUCCUUCUUAGAUUACAUCAUGGGUGGAUGCCAAAUCCAGUUUACAGUAGCAAUAGACUUCACUGCAUCCAAUGGGGAUCCCAGGAACAGCUGUUCGCUGCACUAUAUCCAUCCUUACCAACCCAACGAAUACCUGAAGGCUUUGGUAGCUGUAGGGGAGAUCUGCCAAGACUAUGACAGCGACAAAAUGUUUCCAGCUUUCGGUUUUGGAGCCCGGAUACCACCGGAGUACACGGUCUCUCAUGACUUUGCAAUCAAUUUUAAUGAAGACAAUCCGGAAUGUGCAGGAAUCCAAGGAGUUGUUGAAGCCUACCAGAGCUGCCUCCCUAAGCUACAACUCUACGGGCCCACCAACAUUGCUCCUAUCAUCCAAAAGGUGGCCAAGUCUGCAUCCGAGGAGACCAACACCAAGGAGGCAUCGCAAUAUUUCAUCCUGCUGAUCCUGACAGAUGGGGUCAUCACAGACAUGGCCGACACCAGGGAGGCCAUCGUCCACGCCUCCCACCUCCCCAUGUCGGUCAUCAUAGUCGGCGUUGGCAACGCCGACUUCAGCGAUAUGCAGAUGCUGGAUGGGGACGACGGGAUCCUGAGGUCCCCCAAGGGAGAGCCUGUCCUCCGGGACAUCGUCCAGUUUGUACCAUUCAGGAACUUUAAGCAUGCAUCUCCAGCUGCACUUGCAAAGAGUGUUUUGGCUGAAGUUCCAAAUCAAGUCGUGGACUAUUACAAUGGCAAAGGAAUUAAACCCAAAUGUUCCUCAGAUAUGUAUGAGUCUUCCAGGACACUAGCACCAUGAAUUUCUCCACACGCUUUUACAGAGUUCUCAAAUAUUAUUCCUGCUAAUACAUAAUAUUCCUACUACUCCAGUACUUAAAAAAA